AAACUGAUGUGAGGGGGCGGACAUUUCAAAGCUAAUUAAUCAGCCCACACCCAAAAGUGACAAACCGCCCCUCUAAGACCCCCCCUGCUCCCCGCAGUAAAUCCUUCCCAAGCAACCCCCCCCCCCCCUCCCCCCUUCUCUCCGCUUUUUCCCAUCAACAAAAAAAAAAAUUUCUCUAAUUAUAAAUUCCUCUCCACUUUGUAUCCCUCGAAGCCUUGUUGCUGGUAAGCUAUCCAUCUUCUCAGAUAUCUCCGCUUCUUCUCCUGAUGGAGUCCGCCGCUGUUCUCCGCUCCUUCCACUGCAUCACAUCUCCGCUUAAGUCCAUAAUUGAUAAACCUGGUGCGGUUCCCAUGACUACUGUUGGCUUCUCUGGCCUUGCCAAGUGCCAUAUCCAAGGAUUGGCAUACAACGGGAAGCUUAUCUCUUCCACAAGUAAGAUGGGAGGAGUGAUAGUAUCAUGUGUGAAGACUUCUGAAGUCCCUGUGACAGCAAAAUCUGAUGAUUUAGGCAAGUCUAAUGGAGCUGUUAUGUCAGAUAGUUCCCAAAAAGAGUCAGGUCCCAAGAAUUCAAUCCGGAGAGCAACAUUUCCCAAUGGUUUCAAGGCACUUCUCACAGAAGUCUGUGAUGACACUGAAAUUGCAGAGCUGAGAGUUAAGGUUGGGGACUUUGAGAUGCAUUUGAAGCGAAAUAUUCAACCUCCCAUAGCUCCAGCACCUGUUGAGUCUCCUACCGUAGCACCACCUAUUCCAAGUGAACCGAUGAAUCAAUCAGUUCCUCCUCCUGCUCCACCUAAACCUUCUACAGAAAAAAUGAGCCCAUUUACAAAUGUCCCUGCAGAGAAGUCAGCCAAGUUAGCGGCACUAGAGGCUUCAGGGGCUAGUGGCUAUGUUCUAGCAGCAUCUCCAACAGUCGGUUCAUUCCGAAGAGGCAGGACUUUGAAAGGAAAGAGGCAACCUCCUAUCCUGAAAGAGGGAGAUUUGAUCAAAGAAGGACAAACCAUAGGCUAUCUGGAUCAGUUUGGCACUGAACUUCCUGUUAAAUCAGAUGUGGCUGGAGAAGUUCUGAAGAUUCUUUACAAUGAUGGCGAAGCUGUUGGUUAUGGUGAUCCGCUUAUAGCUGUUCUCCCAUCUUUUCAUGGUAUCAAGUAACUUACUGUCAGAAGCACUUUGGCCAAGCACUUUAUGGGGACUGCUGUGGUGGUUGUUUGUUUUCCUAAGUUCAUCAAUUCUUUUAAGUUUUGCUCUCGUCUUGUAAUUUGAGAGCAUAGGCCUAGCUAGUGAAGGUAUCUUGUUACUGUUUAUCAAGUGAGAUGGCAGUAGAACCAGAAAGAACUCAUAAUGUAUUCGGAUUCGGAAGCUGUAUCGAGCUUAAUUUGUUUUUGUAUAUUAGCAUACAUUAGCACAUAUAUUGGACUGUACUUCAGUGGGAAUCAUGCUUUGUACGAAGAGAGAACAAGGAGACCUGAAAAUUUGGGUGUUCUGGUAAUGGCCUGGAGUGAUUUGUGGAUGUGUGAUUGAUUGUUGAGAAUUGCCA